CAGGAAGCUGGGUAAAAAAACCAAAACCAGACGAGAAUAAAGAGUUCACUGAAACGUGAGAAUGGCCAGUUCUUUAAGAGGUGAAGUGCGGAAUCUAUACAAAAAUCUGCUGUACCUUGGAAGGGAGUAUCCCAAAGGAGAAGACUACUUUAGAAGCCGUUUGAAAGUAGCUUUUCUAAAAAAUAAAGAUGUGAAAGAUCCUGAAAAAAUUAAGCAACUAAUUGCACAAGGAGAAUUUGUUAUAAAAGAGUUGGAGGCUUUGUACUUUCUCCGAAAAUACAGAGCUCUGAAACGGCGCUACUACAGUGAUGACAAUCCAUAACUGGUGCUAAUGACUUUGCAUGUAACAAUACAAUCCAUAAACAAUAAAAGAGCUGUAACCUCAAAAGAAAUUAAAUGUAGAUCGUUCCAACCCAUCUAAGUACAAAUUAAUUUUGCUUCCCCUUAAGUAGUUGAUUGAAGGAUUUGUAUUAUGUGGGAAACUGGUUUAUCUCAACUACUUUUGACCUCCUUGAACUAAAACUUGAUGUAUGAAACAAUUUUGCAGGAAGUAGUGGUAAGAUGAUUCUGUUUCACUUUGAUACACUGAAAAGAGCUCUUACCUGAUAGCUGCGUGUUUGAAUGCAGAUUCAAGGCACUACACUUCUCGUUACUUAAUCUGAUUUUUGAAAGUCUUCAACAUUUAAUGAUUCAUUUCCACCAUAAAUGAGCACCUUCUCAAAAGUAAAUUCUUAAAGAUUUUAUGUGACAUUCAAGAGUCACAGUGGCAGGCUGGUAGAGGUGCUGUCUUUUUGUGUUAGAAAGACAACGGGGUCAGGAAAAGGAUGAAUUUGAACCAUAGUAGUUUAUGCACUUAGACCCUGAAGACAUCUCCUCCUGCUGCUGCUUUCUGAUGUGUUACUGUUGUAGCAGGAAUACAGAACUUGAACCUUUCCCCUGGAAGAGAAGUUUGAUCAUAAACGUAGACUUUGGCUCGACUAGCACAAGCCUGUGCCAAAACUGAUUGUAUGUACUAGGGUGGGUUGGUGUUUCAGCCCCCCAAGAACUAAAUGACACAGGGGAGACAGAACAGAAGAGAGAUAAGUAAUCACUGCAGUAGAACUGUUGGCAAAAGCAAGUCACCACAUGCGUGAAUUUCAGAGUAGAAUUAAAAAGAUGACAAAUUAGACAGUCCACUACCUUGUGAUGAAAUGUAUGUGCUUGAGGUUCUAGCACUACCUUGAUGUGAAAAAGUCCUUCCACAUCAACUUAACUCCUCUACAACAUGCUGCAGUUAAAACCUAUUCUGCACGAAUACGUCUAUAGAUAAAACUUAACCUACCUUUCUCAAUAACUGAUAAAAAGAGUAUCCAGACUGGUAACAAAGAGCCAAAGCAUAAACUUAUAGAACAGUAGCAUUUUCAAGUUCCCCCCACCCCCCUGGACCAAUCAAUCCUAAAGAAUGUCCUUCAUAAUUUAUGUAAAUUUAUGGAAGGCAUUUGAUAGAAGAAAACAAAUGUGCACCUAGGAAUGGACACAGAGUAGCUAUUCAGAGAAUUUAAAACUUGUAUACCAAAUCAAGUCUGCUGUGAGACUCAUGAAAAGAAGGUCUCUGGGGCAUGACUGAAGACGGUCCAGCCCGAGCAGCCUGCACCACUGAGUGAGAAGUGCAGCCUCACCUGAAGUGAGGCUCUGCUCCCCACGGACCACAGAAUGGAAGAGCAGAACAGACUGGAGGCAAUGGAUCCGUACAAGAAAGCACUGUCAAAGCACUACACCCCCUCUCAAGAGGAAGGGAACACCAGUGGGCAAGGACAGCAGCUUUGUGACAGGCAAGGAGAAGUACAGGAAAUAAACUGAGAACAACUGCCAAACACAGGUAAUUCACAGGAUGCUCCAUUAUACAGAGAUGAGGCACUGAAAUUCUUGGGGAGGAAAAGGAAACUGGGACAAACUCACAAUAACUAUUUUUUAUGACAUUACAAUAAAUAGGAGCAGUACAGUUUGACAAAAAAUUGACAAAUUCCAGAUCACCUCACAGCACAUACUCCUAAAAACACUCAAAAUUUUAAAACAAACAGUGGUCUUUUUUUUUUUUUUCUUCUUUUUUUAACAUUGUCUGGUAUGACCAACAUUCCUAGGUCACACAACCAAAUGAUGGAAAAACUGGAUCACACUUGCAUAUGUUCCACAUGAAAUAAAGCACAAUGUACAAAAUGUGCAUGUUUCAGUUUACACUAUACAAAAAUAGUUAAAAUACAUUCCAGGUAAACAUAUUACAUUAAGAACUCAUUCUAGUAAGAAGUUGGCACUCGAGGAAAAAACAAGAGUAUUUUCAACAUGAAAACACAAGACAGUGGAAUAAAGAAAUGUUACCAUCUAUGUAGCUUUAUGUAAACUUGAGACAAAAUGAUUUGUUUAGAGUUUGAUGGUCUUUAAAGAUAAUAAUUGUAUUGCUUCAUAGCACAGACAAGAGCAGAAAUUGUGUGUCAGUAUUAGCUUAUUACAGAGAUCCUGUUACUGUAACAAAAACUAUACAGUGAAACUUAAGUUAGCAAAAAUUUUAGGACAAUGAGACUGGUCAAAAUACUUAAAUUUCAGUUUUGCGAAAACCAAUGAUAAA